AUGUCCUUCACACAUGAUAUACUAUCAUCAAUUCCCAGUUAUAAUGCAGCUCUGAACCUCAACACCAAUACAAGCGUUCCAAAUAACUCCAGUUUGUACAUUGGAGAUUGUUUAAAACUAGACCCCGACGGUCGGCCCUAUAUUCCGUGGAUGUAUGAUGUAAUGGGAGAAUGUGUACACAGUGGCUUAGAACAAGCCUCUUUCUAUGUUGGUUUAUUAAGUUUAGUUUUAUAUUUAUUUGGUGGUAUUCCACAAGUGAUUACAACGUUUAGGAAAGGGCAUGCAGACGGCCUUUCUGUAGUAACUCUUGCUCAAUGGAUGAUUGCAGACGGAAGUAAUCUAAUAGGGGCUGCAUUAACAGGCCAGUUAUUUACCCAGAUUUUAUUGGCUGCUUAUUUUGUUCUGAUGGACUUUAUUUUCAUUGGGCAGUACUUAUUCUAUAAUUCACGAAAGCUGUGGCGAAAGCAUGUUCAAAAGAAAAAGGAUUUAAAAUCAGGGUUGUCAAAUGUUGUAAACCCCAAACAAGCUCAUGACGAACACCCAGAAAUAAUAACCAUUACCGAUUUUCAUGCAGAAACGCUUCAUGAUGAACAUCCAAUGGAAAUAAGGGAUGAUACCAAAAGAAAAGAGGUGCUAGAAGGUGUACAUAUCUCGGGAGAUGUUAGCGCACGGGUUGGUGUUGGUGUAAAUGUUGGUGCAGCAAUGAUGCCUGCUCAUUUGCAUUACCAAGGUGAAGAAGAAACAUCCUCUGACACAAGCUCUCCCAUGGGAGAAAAUAUUCACAUUGAAUUUGACGUACCACACCAACCAACAAUCAUAUCUAUACAAGACCCUGUGAUUACCGCUUCUAGUUUACCUGAAAAUUCACAUUUACCAUUCUCUCAAAUUUCUGCUCAAUCCACCACGACCUCAGAAGCCUUUUCCAAUAACCCUUCUAACCCAAAACCCCCUAACACAAAACUAUAUUCCUUUUCAACAUUCUUCAUCGUUUUCUCAAUUUUAAUAAUACUAUCAUGUUCCAUUUACAAGAUAUUAACUCCGUUGAAACAUGAUUCACAGGAAGUGGCUUCAACUAUUAAAACAGGAAGAAAACUUCUUUCAAGUAGAUUGGUCUACGGAACAGCUCAAGAUUCAACAGCACAAAAAGAUCACAACGCACGGGAGUUUCCUCCUGUAAAGCCUUAUGCCAUUGUUGGAUACGUUAUUGGUUGUGUAUCUACAGUUUGUUAUAUGGGCUCCAGAAUUGCACAAAUUGUUAACAAUUUUCGAAGAGGUUCAACUGAAGGUAUGAACCCUGUGUUAUUUAUUUGCUCUGUUGUCGGCAAUUUAUUAUAUGCGUUGAGUAUUUUCCUUUUCAGUAUUGAUUCAUCAUACUUAAGCUCCAAGAUACCAUGGUUAGCAAGCAGUUUAGGCAAUCAGUUUCUUGAUUAUACGAUUUUGAGUCAAUAUGUGUUUUAUACGUUCAUCAAGAAGAAAAAACAAAACGUAACAAGCAAGGAAAAAGAGAUUGAGCUACUCACCAGAGCAAGCAAAGCUUUAGCCAAGAUUUAUACACCAAUUAAUCAAGUGGAUCGUGACCAUGCAAAAGACAUAAACCCACUUGGUAAAUGA